UUAGUAUAUUACACCUGUAUUGAAGCAAUGUUCCAAAAGUUUAGCGGUAGGGGAAAUGCACGAUAUGUAAAUGGUAUGGGUUGUGAUAUAUACAACCAAGAGCGUUUAGUUAUGGAAUCGUCUGGUGGAUCAAUCAAGGAAAACAUCCAGCACACAAGCAAUGAUACAUUGAAGCAAAUGCAUAGUUCCAUUGGCAUUUUAAACUCUGAUAUAACGCAUAAAAUGGCAAGCUUUAUCAUUAUGAAAAAAUCAUUGGCUAUUAGGAUACGACUUGUAAAA